CAAAACCUCAUGAUGAAAGGGGAAAGGCCAACAAGUUCAGCAUCAGGAAGGACAAGGAGGAUGUUGCCAUUACAGAUCUGGGAGGAGAGAAGCAGCAACUCAGAGAGCAUCUCUUCAUAAAUCUUGCUUCCACAGAUCUCAGAUUUGUCACUACUACAUUUGCUGAUGAAAUUCCACCAAGAAGAGAAACUACCACCAGAGAAGGGAGACAUCUCUGCUUUCGCUUGCCAAACCCGUCAGGAACACCAAUAUCGACGCUGGCCUACAUCAGCAGAAGCAAUCAGCUGGUUGUGGGGUUUUCACAUGGCUGCCUCUCACUGUGGAAUAUGAAAACGUUGAAGAGGGAACAACACUGUCGACUUGGAGGAAGGAGGAUUCCUAUCUAUGCUGUUACUUUUCAAGAGCCGGAGAACGAUCCUAGCAAUUGCUGCUACUUGUGGGCUGUUAAGUCUACCCAAGAAAGACGGGACGAUGCAUUUGUCUACCCCUUCCUACCACUAUCCUCUGCUCCAGACCCACUACACCGGUGAGCGACAGCGACUGCAGCAUUUGUCAAGAGGAAAAUGUAAUUCUGACUGCCUCAUGAUCGAUGGCAUAGUUUCCUACGUAGGAGACCAACUUGAGAAGCUGUGGAAGAAAGAGAAAGGAGGGACAGGGAAAUAUCCCCCUCCCAGUUUACAUGCACUGCUGGAUCUUUAUUUAUUGGAAAGCAUAGAAGAACCCUACAAACAUGCGAUUACCAUUUACUUACUGCUGGAUGUCUUUCAGCGCUUUCCAAAUCAAAUCGAAAAUAUAGUCCAGUCCUUCGCCACCACCUUCCCUCUCCCUCAGGGCCUUGUAGCACUGAUUAAAGGAUUUUGGCUUCUCGAUCACCAUGAUUAUGAAAAAUCACUGGCCCACCUCUGCCAUCAAGAAGCAACGCAAGUAGCACCGUGGCUCCAGCUGCGAAUUAUUCAAUCACUCGCUUGCCAAGGACAGCAUAGGCAAGCCCUCCAAUACCUACCCUGUAUGAAGCCAUCACUGUCAACAUGUAGCAAAGUGCGGCUUUACCUCGGUGUGUUGUUGUCUAAUAGGUGCAUGGUGGAGGCCUGGGCUCUUUUGCAGCAACACGUCACAGACUCAAACAGAGCAGAGCUCUUGGAACACGUGUACAAAAGCUGCCAUGAGAUGGGACUGGUGGAAGAAUUACUGCAGCUUCCUUUCACCAACACUGAACUAGAGUGCUUGAAGUCCUUUUUAAGGACCAGGGCUUGUAUUGCAACCAACAAAGUUCUUCCAGUCCGCAAACGAAAGAGUGCCCACUAUUGGCCGGCAGUCCUGCAGAAUCAAUCAAUGAAGGUUAACCCCAAGAACGAUGGUGAUCCUCAGACCGGAGAGGGAAGAGCUCCACAAAAUUCUGCAUUAGACCGCUGUGGCAAACUCCGCCCUCAUAGCCACAGAAAGCUGUCGGUGGCGAAAUUCAAGCCGUAUGAAUUCCUUACGUCUUCCUUUAAACAAGUCUCAACACCAAAGCUGCAACCAACCAGAGUAAAAGCAGCCAAAGUAAUUCCACGUACCAGAGCAACUGCUAUAUAUAAUAUAUUGUCCGCAUCGGAGACACACGUAUAGGAAGGAAAAAGAAAACUGGUUUAUCACAGUAUGAUAGAGCUCCAGAACCACCAGCCAAGAGACGUCCUCCCCGAAUGUGGAGUUCUGUAAUCCAUUUCUUAUCACACCAGCUACAAAAUGUUCGUGACGAGGUCUGACACGGAGUAGAGUUUUAGAAUUAAUAAAAAUGUUGUUUCUCCUACGUGUGCGUGCCUGUGUCUAUGUUUUCUGUGCUUUCCAAGUGUUCCGCAACACUGCCAGUCACGGUCAGGCUGACAAACCCUGCUCUUUGUGCUCUCUCUUCUCUCCUUUUC